ACCGCACCGCUUAAACCCCACCGCUUAAAGGAAAUCUCUCUCUCUCAAAUCCCUAAAAUCGCCGCCGCCAUGGCCAAAAAAUUCCGUCGCUGAAUUCGUCUCUCUCUCUCAAAAAUUCCGCCAUGGCCUAAAAUCGGCGAUCUCAUCGAUCACUGAAUUCGUCGCUGUGUUCAUCGUGGAUCUCAUCUCCUAUCUCCUCUCUGAUAUCAUCUUCGAGCCCAGUCCUCGCCGGAAAUCGAGCCCAGUCCUCGCCGGAGAUUUCUAGGGUUUCAGCUGGUACUCGAUUCAGCUCCGUGCUAUUCAAUUCUGUAAAUGUGACUGUAGACAUAGAGGGGGCGACCACCAUUGCCAAUACCGAUCGAUCUUUCGUAUGUGUGACUCUUGAUUGGUGGCCUGCAGAAAAGUGCAACUAAGGGAUGUGCCCUUGGCAUCAAUCCUCUGUUUUGAACUUGAAGGUGGUGGCCACUCAACAAGAGGAGAUGAAGAGACAACAAGAAGCUCAAGCUACAAGUAUGAUUCAAACAUUUGCAGAUAUGUUGAGUGAAGUAACUGGACGUCCAGUUAGUCCAAGCUUUGUUCACAGGUUUAAAGCGCGUACUAAACUUCCUGAAGAGGCUGCUAGUGGUCUAGAUCAUGAAGAGGCAGGCCAAGAAUCCUUCAGAUCCAUUACAAGAUCCUAUUACAGAGGAGCUGCAGGCGCACUAUUAGUCUAUGAUAUCACCAGGAGGGAUACUUUUAAUCAUCUGGCAGGCCAACAUAUCACCUUCCAAUUUCAGAAGUUUCAUGUUUUGUAAUCAAAUGUUGAUGUACAUUGUUUGAAUGUUAGUUCGGUACGAUAUUUUCUGAGUUGAAAUGUUGGUAGUGUGGAUUUAAUACUUUGUACUUUUUAUACUAUACUGAUGUAUGUUGGCACUUAUCAUUAUGGUUGAUUAUGCUCAACAUAAUCACUUUUAUAUUGCGUAUUAAAA